AUGGUUCGGUUGCCGAAUCCCGGCGAUCUCCGGCCGGAAACGGAGGUUGCACGCGGGGGCAAGCGGCCGCUGUCUGCGGCGGCGGUGAAGUUGGAGACUGAGGAUCCAUUGGCGGAACUGCACGGCCCCGCAUACAAGAUAUCGAAGUGCUCGGCUUCCUUCCCGCAGGUAUGCCCUGAUCAAUUAUGCAUGUUGCGGUAGAGCAGCGAACUGCGUCCGUCCCCGUUUUCUGUUUGAUGGAUUAAACGCAUAGCCUUUGGUUUUAAAUCAUACCCGAGGAAGUAGCACGUUUUCUAUCUGUAUGACAUCACGUCGUUGAAUAUUUCUCAAAGCGACAACUGCUUUAUUUUCUGUACGUUUUGCUUUUAUUUACUUGCUCUUAGAACACUUGUAUCUUUUGACAGUGGAAUACAGAUGCUGGUGGAGUAUUGUCGGAUCAACCACAGUACAAUCCACUCGAUGAGCCUAGCCCAUUGGGGCUGCGUCUGAGGAAAAGCCCAUCUUUAGUGGAUUUGAUUCAAAUGAGGCUUUCUCAAGGAAGUUCUUCUAAAGCGUUUCUUACCAGUGGUGGUGGUUCUGAGGCCGGAAAGAAGAAAGAUACUAAAACGUCUUCUUCUUCUGUGGACAAGCUAAAGGCUUCCAACUUUCCAGCAACCCUGUUGAGGGUUGGGGCUUGGGAGGUACAUUUGUUGCACAGCACGUGCAUCAUAGUAGCCAUGAAUUUCGGUGUUCUAUGUUUACAGAAUCUUCUACCCAAUUAAAUACUAAAAUGAAAUAUAAAUUAAAAUGAUUCUAUUUAAUGGAUGUUUUUCGAUUAUUUCAUUCACCUAUUAACUCUCAUGCAUGUAAUAUUAUGCACUUUCUUCCUCCACGUAUUACCUUUCAGACGUGAAAGUGGUCUCUCGCUCCUUGUUCUAUGUUGAUUCUUGUCAGUGACAGUAAACCUUUCUGCACUUGCAAAUUAUUCUUACUUUGCAUGUCAAAUCGAGAGGUUAAGACCGAAACUGCAAGCUUCUUGUACUUCUACACAUUUUUGUCUUCAGCAGAAAUGAACCUUUCUGCACUUGGGAAUAAUGCUUUAUGUGGAUGUUUUAAUACAAAAAUGAAUUCGGAUUUGACAAGCUAAAAGCGCAUGGUUCUUUAUAUAUUUGAUGUUUCAUAUGUUGAUUCUUAGAAAGUUUUUUCGUUUAUUUACGCAACUAAGCACAGUCUCAUGACUGCACUGACCACAAUUUCCUUUUUAAAUAGUGUGUCUCAAGAUAUGAAGGUGAUUUAGUGGCAAAAUGCUAUUUUGCUAAACGGAAGUUAGUGUGGGAAGUCCUUGAUGGAGGUCUGAAGAGCAAAAUAGAAAUCCAGUGGUCAGACAUCAUGGAUAUAAAGGCAACGUAUCCAGAUAAUAGUCUUGGUACCUUGGAUAUAGUGGUAAUGCCCAUUUGCGUUACUUUAUUCCCUCAUAAAAAUGCUCGCCGAUUACUCUCUUCUGACAUGAUUUGUGCUGGUUUCUUGAAGUUGGCAAGGCAACCACUCUUCUUCAGGGAGACCAACCCGCAACCCAGGAAGCAUACCUUGUGGCAAGCAACUUCAGACUUUACUGGUGGGCAAGCAAGCAUGCAUAGGUACAACGAACUUUCCAUCACUCCAAGUUUGAAUUUUCACAAUCGAUAUUUUUCCAGUGAGAUGGGCUUGAGUGGUGCUCGGUCCCGUUCACUAUCAGUGGUGCCAUUUCUGUUCUUUACUAUCUCUACGAUCUGAUAGGCUCUGUUUACGAUCUUGGAUCUAUACCUUACAAUAACAGCCUGGCAAUCAAAGGUAGAUGCUCCCAAAUUAUUGAAACCCUUUCUCGAACCUGAUGCCCUUUCAUUGUUUCGUAUCUUCUUUUCACAAUUCAUUUUUCGUAACUGCUGGUGGAGAUAGUGUCGAUAAGGAUCACCGCAGAUCUUAGGGUUAUGAAGGAUGCAUCUACAUUCGUCAACAGCUUAAAUUAUCCGACUGCACUUGUAUCAACAUGUGGGCUGAUUUGGCAUUGUUGAGUUCCACGAUCAAGCAGUUGAAAAACAUGCAAUUACUCUCUCAAUUUGACAUCAGAUAAUAUGUUUGAAAUGACCAAGGAUAAAUUACCAUUUUAAAUAUUUUAAGACCCAGCUUCCAAAUGUUUUAGGGGAUUGAGUUCAUCCCUGGCCUCUUUUCCAUUAAUCCUGUCGAUCAUAACCUGAUGUAUGCUUGUCAAUUUUGGUAGACAAAGUAUUGUUUUGGAGACUAGCAUCAACUUCCGUUUAAAUGUCAUAUUUUUAUGAAAAAUCAAAUGGGGGGUUUGAUGCCACUCUAAGGUGAUCUGUGUUCUCAUGGAAGUGGAACAAGGGGCAUGGAUUCCUAAAGCUCCUUUUCCCCUGUGCGCAGGAGACAUUUUUUGCAGGUUCCACAAGGUCUGCUUAGCAAGCAUUUCGAAAAGCUUAUCCAGUGUGAUCCUCGUCUUUACUCAAUAAGCAAACAGCCGGCUAUUAUCUUGAAUUCCGCAUACUUUGGGGACCAAGAUGGAAAAUGCCAUCCCUUUGAAUGUACAAAGGGUGAAUUCGAGGGAUCCUGUUUCCCAGGAUUUCAUGAUGCUCACUCACCCUCGGGUGGCCCAUCUUCUUCCUCUAAGAGUGGCGAAUUAAGAGAUCCUGCCAGGACGCCAGAUGCCACAUCACAUGAAUCCCUCUCACCAUGUUCAGGUAUUUUAUGGUGUGGAUAAUACCACUUCGAUAUUUUGUAUUGGAUCUCAUCGCACAUGCCUCUAGCCCAGUAAUUACCUCCGAUGGCUAGAUCCAGGUGAGAAGACGAGAAACUUCCCACCCUUUAUGAGUUUAAUGAGUCUUUGUAAGAGAUGGCAAAUUUAAUCUGGCAUGACCCGUUGACGAACAAGGCUUUGGUUAGUCAACGCUUAAUUUUAUGUUUAUAUCUAUGGAGUGAAUAUCCUCACGUGGAAUUCCCAUCAUAAGAUCCUGCUCUCCCCCUUUUUUUCGGGUUAUAAUUACAACUACUUCCUUAUUCUAUCCGCAUUCUUCUUGUGUUUCCCUGAAAAUCAUUCAAUUUGGUAUUUGAAACUGGACCACUUAAUUGGCACCAGCAUUUUUUUUUUUAAUCCUCAAGAGAUGUACUCAUCGUUUUUUGCACUAUCCUGUGAGGAAUUUCAGCUUCUGUAAUCGGGCUAAUGCUGAGAUUUCGUUUCAGCAAUGGAUUCGGGGAUGAACGAAGAAAGCACGGGCAGCGACAUUAGAGAGCUCAGGAGCUUUGCCAAGUGGGACCAGUUGAAAUUUCCUGGCAUCCAUCCAUCCAUGUCCAUGAGCGAUCUGAUGAACCACAUUGGAAACUGCAUCUCCAAGAAGAUGACCUCUGGCAGCCCUCCGUUUCCAGGUGCCUCCGUCACUGACAAGGAUCUCCUGCUGGAGGACAUAACCCAAUACCUGCUCAGUGAUUCACAGAAUAUGGCCGCCUCCGAUGAGAACUCUCUCAUGUCGAGGGUCAACUCCCUCUGCUGCCUGCUUCAGAAAGAACCCGCGCCGCCACCAAGCUUGCAGAUGAACAACGGCCGCUCCGGAGAUGAUGGGGCCGACAGUAAAUCUAGCCUUGACCCCCGGUCAACUUGGGAGAAGAAACCUCUCUCUGACCUGCCGAACCCGGAAGGGGAAUCCAGUGAUUUGACCGCCCAGAAGCCACUGCCGAUGUCAAGGAAAGAGUCUUUCGGAGAUCUGCUGCUUCAUCUACCUCGGAUAGCAUCUCUGCCGCAGUUCUUCUUCAACAUCUCGGAGGAUUCUGCAGACAAGGCCAGAUAA